UGGACGAGAGGGGCAGCGGGUUGCUUCGUGCGGUUCGCCGGAAUUGCAGGUGCAGACCGUCAAGCCUCCGUCGCAUCACGGGUCGCCAUCUUCAGCCUCCGCUGGCGAUUUCUCUUUUACUGACGACGGGAUCUGCAACGCUUCCGGGAGCAGCACGCCGGUGUCAAAUACCGCGGUCUGCGGAGAGAGUAAGAAUAGCGAAAACUUCUAUCGCGCAAGCGACAGCGCCGUGAUCGAGGAGGGGCUGCAGCAGCCUUC